CUUUUUUAGGCUUGAUAUUUUAAUAAUGCAAAACUGCAGGUUGCAUAUUAUUAACUGGACCUAGAAACUGGAAAAAUAUGGCCAGAGCAAAACUCAAACGGCAAGUGAAAAUAAAGCAAGAAAAAGAAGAAUAUGAAUACCCAUGUAAAAAGUGUGACAGGGUUUUCAAAAAAGUCGGUCACCUAAAAUUGCACAUGAGGGGACAUAGGAAUAAAAAGACUCUAACUUGUAAUGUGUGUGAUAAAACGUUUUCACAAAGUUAUCACGUCGUUAUACAUAUGAGGCAGCACACUGGCGAGAAGCCAUUCCAUUGUAAUGUUUGUGAUAAAGCAUUCACGGAUAAAAGCAAUUAUUUAAACCACAGAAGGGUCCAUACUGGGGAAAAGCCAUACAAAUGCGAUUUGUGUAGUAAGGCAUACUCAGAAUCUGGCCCUUUGCGGAUACACCGUCGUGUACAUACAGGGGAGAGGCCCUUUCCUUGUGGAUUAUGUGAAAAGGCUUUUGCGAGCCAAGCUAGGCUUCGUGUGCACUGCCGAGUCCACACAGGCGAGAAACCUUAUAAGUGCGAGUUCUGUGAAAAAUGUUUCGCUCAGAAUGGUACGCUAAGAGCGCACAGAAGAAUUCAUCUUGGAGAGAAACCUUACAAAUGCGAGUUCUGUGACAGAGCUUUUACUGAGGGUGGGGCUUUGAACAGACACAAAAUGAUGCAUUUCGGAAAGAAACCUUUUAAAUGCAAACUUUGCAAAAGAAUCUACAUCAAAAAAGAUAGCUUUGACCUGCAUAUGAAAACACACAAAAAAGUGAGAAAAUCAAAAAAAUUUCCAAUAGUCAACAAAAAGAAUAUAAAACUUGAAUAAAUGAAUGUA